AGGCAGUGAACCGGAAUAGGCCACACUUGUCGCGAUAUUAUCCUUUGCUCUUCUCUUCUUCUCUUCCCCCGCACGCAUCGCACCCGACCUCGUCGCCGUCGCCGACGCCGCCAGCCAUGCCGGAGGACGUCGAGAUGAACGACUCCCAGCCCCAGCCCGCCGCCGCGCCACCGCCCGCGGCCUCCACCUUGCAGCAUCUGAAGGAGAUCGCGUCGGUGAUCGAGGCCGGGUCGCUGACCAAGGAGGUUCGCCGGAUCUCCCGCGCCGUGCGCCUCACCGUCGCGCUCCGCCGCCGCCUCGCCGCCCGUGACGUCGCCGCCUUCCUCGCCUUCGCGCUGCCGCAUUCCUCGGAAGCCUUCGCCCGCCUUUCCUCCCUCCUGCCCAAGGAAGAUGGGAGUGAAAUGGAUGUUGAUUUGGCAGCUCCAGCGGCUCAAGUGUCAAUUAAGCAUGGUCUCCCAGAGAUUGAAAUAUACUGUUACUUGCUUGUGCUGAUUUUCCUUAUUGAUAAUAAGAAAUAUGAUGAGGCUAAAGCAUGUGCUUCUGCAAGCAUUACUCGUUUGAAGAAUCUUAACAGGAGAACAGUCGAUGUUUUAGCUUCUAGGGUUUUCACCUAUUACUCUUAUGUCCACGAACUCACCAGCAGCCUUGCUGAAAUUCGUGGAACUCUUCUGGCAUUGCACAGAAUGGCAACUUUACAUCGUGAUGAGCUUGGUCAGGAAACUCUACUCAACCUGCUUCUUCGCAACUACCUGCACUACAACUUGUAUGACCAAGCAGAAAAGCUUAGGUCCAAGGCACCGCGUUUUGAAGCACAUUCUAAUCAGCAGUUCUGCAGGUAUCUGUUCUACUUGGGAAAAAUUAGGACAAUUCAGUUGGAGUACACUGAUGCAAAGGAAAGCCUACUGCAAGCUGCUCGAAAGGCACCCACUACAGCUCGUGGGUUCCGAGUUCAGUGCAACAAGUGGGCUAUCAUAGUGAGAUUACUUUUAGGAGAAAUACCAGAGAGAACUGUUUUUAUGCAGAAAGGAAUGAAGGCUGCUUUGGCACCAUAUUUUGAGCUUACAAAUGCUGUUCGAGUUGGGGACCUUGAAUUGUUCAGAGCAGUGGCAGAAAAAUUUGCUAGCACUUUCAGCGCGGAUAGGACGCGCAAUUUGAUAGUGAGGCUGCGCCACAAUGUCAUUCGGACUGGAUUGCGCAACAUAAGCAUUUCAUACUCACGGAUCUCCCUUGCUGACAUUGCCAAGAAGCUGAGGUUGGACUCAGAGAACCCUGUUGCUGAUGCUGAAAGUAUUGUAGCCAAAGCAAUCAGGGAUGGGGCAAUUGAUGCCACCAUUGAUCAUGCCAAUGGUUGGAUGGUGUCAAAAGAGACUGGUGAUGUCUACUCAACGAAUGAGCCACAGAUUGCUUUCAAUUCAAGGAUUGCAUUUUGCUUGAACAUGCACAACGAAGCGGUCAAAGCACUGAGGUUCCCUCCGAAUUCUCACAAGGAAAAGGAGAGUGCUGAGAAGAGGCGCGAGAGGCUCCAACAGGAGGAAGAACUAGCAAAACACAUGGCUGAGGAGGACGAUGACGACUUUUAGAUUGGUGAUUUCUUUUCAUGCUUUCAGUUGCUGCCUCAAGGGUUUCAUUUUGAAGCAUGGGCAUCCAUUCAGUUUUAAGAGACGGAAGAUCUCGAAAUGCCAACCCUGCUUUUCUGGGAUAGUUGAAACCAUGGAACCGUUGACAUUUAAUUCAGUGUGUUUUAUGUUUUUAACAAUUUUUUUAUCACUCAAACCGCUUAGAAGGCAAUGUAUUCUUUCCUGAAAUACUGUACCGUUCAAUCCUUGGGGCACAAUGUUUUGAACA